AUGUCUUGCUGUGGAGGAAACUGCGGGUGCGGCACCGGCUGCAAGUGCGGCAGCGGCUGUGGCGGAUGCAAGAUGUAUCCUGACAUGAGCUUCUUCCCAGAGAAGAGCAGCACAGAAACUCUGGUUCUUGGUGUGGCACCAGAGAAGGCGAUGUUUGAGGGAGCUGCUGAGAUGGGCGUGGGAGCUGAGAAUGGCUGCAAGUGUGGAGCCAACUGCACCUGCGAUCCUUGCACAUGCAAAUGA